AUGCCAACAGCAGAAGAUGGUAUUCGGAGUCAUUCCACUGAGGAUGACAGACUAUUACGAAGACUGUUUAGAUCUUUUGUUCCAUGGAUCUCUGUUGAUUUUACAACCUACAAGUUUUUGCUGCCAACUGUACAACUUCUGGCCAAAGGAACAUCUUGUGAACUUUUCCACAAGACAACACAUAGCUCACUAAGAUGUUUUUCAGUAACCCCUGGAUUUGCCAAAAAAAAUGGAGAUCAUUCAGUGGAUAAGGAAAAGCCUGGUCAUAAGAACGGAAUAAAGAUAACACCUGGAAACUCAACAAAGUUCUUAGGAAAAAGCCAUGAUCAGUUCUAUUGUCCAAAAUGUGGAAGCCCAGGGCUACAUAUGGAGGCAUUUAUAUCCCCUACACCGUUUGUAAAAUGUAACAAAUGCCAACACUUCUUCUUAAUGGUGAGUCCAAGAAAAGAUUCCAUUAAGGGUUACAGAGAAGUGGAUCUAUGGCAUACAGCUGUCGAAAAAGAAUUGCAACUGAAACUACCAUCACCAAAACAAAUCCAUAAUUUUUUGGAUAAGUAUGUUAUUGACCAAACCUAUACAAAGAAGGUUCUCUCAGUGGCUGUUUACAAUCACUAUAAACGAAUUUACAACAAUGUGCCACCUGCAGUCACACAGGUCGAUGAGUUCUGUGGAAUCCAGCAGUCCACUACAUCUUCUAAAGAAAUGCUGCAGAUGGGAGGAAUGUAUCCCUUUACCAGCCAAGCCCACUUCUCUUCUACAGAACAAGAUGUAUUAAGUUUUCCAAAGGAUUUACACACUACAAGUGAUUCUGUUCAUCUAGACAAAAGCAACAUCCUCUUGCUUGGACCUACAGGCUCAGGAAAAACCUUGUUGGCCCAGACUUUGGCCAAGUGUUUGGACGUGCCGUUUGCUAUCUGUGACUGUACAUCAUUAACACAGGCAGGAUAUGUUGGUGAGGACAUAGAAUCAGUUAUUUCUAAACUGCUACAGGAUGCAAAUUACAAUAUUCCGAAAGCCCAGCAAGGAAUUGUAUUUCUGGAUGAAGUGGAUAAAAUUGGAGCAGUUCCUGGGAUACACCAACUUCGUGAUGUUGGAGGAGAAGGGGUGCAGCAAGGACUGUUGAAACUCUUGGAAGGAACCAUAGUAAACGUCCCGGAGCGAAGUUCGAGAAGGUAUCGUGUGGAUACAAUUCAAGUGGAUACCGCCAAUAUUCUUUUUGUGGCUUCAGGAGCGUUUAAUGGACUGGAGAAAGUAGUUAGCAGGAGGAAAAAUGAAAAGUACCUAGGAUUUGGCACAACAUCUGACAUGGGUAGUGGUCGUCGGGCUGUGGCAGCUGCUGGUUUGGCCCAUUCAUCUGGAGACAAUAUAGAUGAAGAAAUGAAAGAGAAAGACAGACUCCUGCGUAGUUUGGAGACCAAGGAUUUGAUUGAAUUUGGAAUGAUUCCAGAAUUUAUUGGAAGAUUUCCUGUGGUGCUUCCACUACAUAGCUUAAAUGAGGACAUGUUAGUGCGUAUUUUAAGUGAACCGCAAAAUGCACUGUUAACUCAGUACAAGAUGUUGUUUGCCAUGGAUAAGUGUGAUUUCACUGUUACUGAGGCAGCCCUGAGAGCUAUUGCACACAAAGCUAAUCAAAGGAAGACAGGGGCCAGAGGAUUGCGAUCAAUCUUGGAACAAUUGCUGCUAGAGCCUAUGUAUGAAGUCCCUCAUUCCAAUAUUAUUGGCGUUCAUAUAGAUAAGGAAGUUGUCAAUGGCAAAAAGGGACCAGAGUAUAUUCGGGCCCCAACAAAAGAGGGACAAUACAGUUCGGGCAGUCAGAAGCAGGGAUGGAUGAAAAGAGCUGACACCAUCAACAAUCACUUACUUGGUUCAGUGCCGGACAUCGGACUGACAGCAGAAGUGCUGCCAACCGCGCCGGGGCCAGAGCCAGGCCCAGAGCCAGGCCCAGGGCCAGAGCCAGGCCCGGCCCAGGGCCAGAGCCACAGCGGGGGCCAGAGCCAGAGCCAGGCCAGGGCCAGAGCCAGGGCCAGAGCCAGGCCCAGGGCCAGAGCCAGAACCAGAGCCAGGCCCGGCCCAGGGCCAGAACCAGAGCCAGGCCCGGCCCAGAACCAGAUCCAGGCCCGGCCCAGAGCCAGAGCCAGGCCCAGCGCAGCCUGUGAAGGGCAAGUGUCGUCAGGGUGA